AUGCAAACACAUCUGGAUCCACACUCUCCCGAGCCUACAAAAGCACCGUCAAUCGCCGGCCCACCGAGCCAUACCGAAAUUGAGCGACGCAGAGAACAAAGACAACGUGAAGUAGUUCCCGAGGGGUUAUCGCGUCGACAGUGGAAGAAACAAUUGAAGCAACAGCAAUGGGAGGAAACCAAAGAUGAGUACCGGGCAUCGAUGCGGGAGAAAAAAAAGCUCCAAAGGGCACGAAAAAGAGAGCGGAUGCAAAGUGAUCAAGAGUACAGGGACCAACUACCAAAAAUACCAAAGACUCAAACUCCCACACACGUCAAAGUCAUUAUCGAUUGCGAGUUUGAUGAUUUGAUGACCUUGAAAGAAGUGAUAUCGAUGUCAAACCAGAUACGAUCCAGCUACUCAACGAUGAGGCAUUGUCAAUACAACAUACCAAUCCAAGUUGUCUCGUUCAACAAGCGGCUCAAGGAAAGAUACGACACCGUUCUUCUGGAUCACAAGGCAUGGAAGGGGAUCGAUUUUACUAGCGAGUCGUUGGCGGAAAUGAUCACACUGGAGAACAAGGACCAGUUUGUGUAUUUGACAGCCGAUACCGAGGAAGAAGUGCACGAGCUCGUGCCGUCGCAGACGUAUAUUAUUGGAGGAAUAGUCGAUAAGAACCGGCACAAGAACCUUUGUGUGGAGAAAGCACGACUGUUGGGGUUGAAAGUGGCGAGGUUGCCCAUUGGCAAGUAUAUCAAGAUCAACAGUCGCGAAGUCUUGGUGACGUCUCACGUGUACGAAAUUUGCUGUCGGUGGUUUGAAACGAGGGACUGGGGCGCUGCUUUCAACAAGGUUUUGCCUCCACGGAAAAUCGUCAAGAACACGGAGGGUGAAGAUCGCGAUGUCGAGCAGGGGAAGGUACCAGAAGAAGAGGGUAAUAGUGAAAAAGAUCCUUGA